UCCCGGUUGCCUUGACACCCGUGUCUCGGGCGACACCGAUCAGCACCGGGCAGUGCGGUAGGUUCGGGGGUAAAGAGGUGGCGCGUACGGCGGGGACCGAGGAGCUUCUUGCGGAGGGUUUUCACCUCCCGUGUGUGAUCAGCCGGAGCUCCGGAGCAGGCGGGAGCGAGUGCGCGGACAGAGACGAAGUUUGUAUUGUUGUUUUUUUAAAACCUCUCUUUACUUCACACAGCGAGGAGGAGCAGGAGGAGGAGGAGGAGGAGGAGCAGGAGGAGGAGGAGGAGGUUUCCCCCCCUGCUGCGCUUGUUUGCACUGAGGUUACACCGGGGAGCGGUGCGCGUCAGGCGGACUCCCUCACGCAGGAGGAGCGGACCGAGCCGUGCGCGUCAAACCUGCUCUGCAGCAUCCACAGCACCUCCGUCCCCGUGCGGCAGCAUGCGGUGAGGAGUGCACGCCAGGCUGUGGAAACAAGGGGGUCGGAGCUGAGCUGGAUUUAUGGGAGAUCUGUUGGAUUUGCAUCACCCCGUCGUUGUAAACUUGUGUCCGGGAUGGGGAAGGAGCAGGAGCUGCUGGAAGCCGCCCGGACCGGGAACGUCGCCCUGGUGGAGAAAUUAUUGAGUGGGAAGAAAGGGAUACUGGGGUCAGGCUCCGGCUCCAUCCCUCUGCCCAACCUACUGAGCAUGUGGAAGGGCCUGAAUGUCAACUGCACAGACAGCUCAGGAUACACACCUUUACACCACGCUUCACUUAAUGGACACAGGGAAGUGGUACUAAAGCUGCUGCAGUUUGAGGCGUCCACAAACGUGGCUGAUAGCAAAGGUUGCUUCCCUCUGCACCUGGCCGCCUGGCGGGGAGACGUGGACAUCGUCCGCAUCCUCAUUCACCAUGGACCGUCGCACUGCCGGGUCAACCAACAGAACCAUGAGAGGGAGACGGCGCUUCACUGUGCGGCCCAGUAUGGACACUCUGAGGUGGUUUCAGUGCUGCUUCAGGAGCUGACCGACCCCACCAUGAGAAACAGCCAACAGGAGACACCUCUGGACCUGGCAGCGCUGUAUGGACGACUGCAGGUGGUGCGCAUGUUGGUGAGCGCUCACCCCAACCUCAUGACCAGCCACACUCGCCGACACACUCCGCUUCACCUGGCUGCACGCAACGGACACCACAGCACCGUCCAGACUCUGCUCGAGGCCGGCAUGGACGUCAACUGUGUGACCGAGAAUGGCAGUGCCCUCCAUGAGGCAGCGCUCUUUGGGAAGAUGGAUGUAGUUCGCCUUCUACUUGACUCAGGAAUCGAGAUCAAUCUGAGAGACAGCCAGGGGAGAACAGCUCUGGAGAUCCUGAGAGAACAUCCUGCACCAAAAUCCCAGCAGAUCACGGCUGUUAUCCAAGAAUACAUGAUGGACGACGUGGAGAGGAAGAGUAUCGUGGAGGAGCCUGUACGCAUGUGUCCCGUCCCUGUACCUCGAACCUCUGUUCCCUCGCCUUCUGCCUCGCCCUCCCUCAGACACAAGAACGAUGCUGUGACAAGUGAGCUGUCCAAACUGCUCCAUGAGAUCAAAAAGUGCCGAGACAGGGACUACUCCUUUGAGGAGCUCUGCCACACCAUCUCCUCCCACUCCAUGGACAGCUUUGGCAGCGGGAGACUCUCAGACGAGGAGCGCCCAGAUCGACCCAACGGCACCUUAACCCGAGGCAGCAAGCGGCCGACCCCGCCACUCCCUCCAGCCCUGGAGGAGGAAGAAGCAGAAAAGGGAUGCGGCCCUACUGGAUUCUGGGAGGCCUUGACACCCUGCAACGGCUGCCACAACCUGGGCUUCUCCAGCCUGUCGCAGGAUUCAAAGCUUUCAGCAGAGAUCGUCGCGUCUCCAUCUCUGGAUGUUUUCCUGCCGGAGGACGAGGACAACCCGUACGAGUCCGUGACCACAGCCGUCACGCGCAAACCCUGCUCGCUCGAUAUCAACCACCAGUUUGUCUGUCCACGCAAUGGUCACCUGUCCCAUGUAACGGUGAGUGAGGGGGAGAACAGUAACCAUGGCAACUGCUCAACGGGCCCAACUCCAGACUGCUCGCCCCCCUCCCCCGACACGGCUCUGAAGAACAUUGAGAGAGUCAUCCGCCCACAGCCCAAGCAGCGCACCUCUCUGUCUUCGUCCCUGGAUGUCCAGAGGCCAGUGAACCACAGCUGCGAGCCCAGCGAAGUGAGCUCGUCCCUGGGCUACGCCAGCUUCAGCACCAGCCCACCUGCCAGCCCUCCGCUCAGCCCCAACCAGGAGGACUCUGCAGGCUCCAACGACGACUGUCAGCUCACAGACGACGGGCCGUACCAGCGAGACCCGCCUCCGCCUCCUCCCCUCUGCUCUUCGUCCACAGCCAACGCUCUGUUGGAGGAUCGCAGGAAGAGCCACAUCCCAGAGGAGUUUGCAGGCCUCCUUCAUGGAUCUUCCCCGGCUUGUGAAACCCCUGACACGCCGUACCACCUCUACAACCCCAAACCACGCAAAUAUGCCCCUCCAGACGUCCAGAGCAGCCUGCUGCAGACCCCGGAGUUCAACAUCGUGAUCGGAGGAGGACCCACUCAGGUCUUCUCCAGGACAGGGACCGAGUCAUCAUCUCAGUCAGCCACCGGUGACCCCCAGAAGCCACAGGUGGUGUAUCGGACUAUCUUCCACACUAGGGUCAACCAGGACCAGCAGGUGGAUCCGUCUCGUGGCUGGUCUACACUUGGCCGCCCACCGUCUUCCUAUUCCGGUCAAAACGGGGAAGUUCCAGAGUUACGGGGAAUCCAGACAGGAAGUGUGUCCAAGGGCGGAUCAGCUGGUGCUGGCUACGAAGAGAGGGCUUGCACCCUGGGGAGGAUGAGGUCCAUGCCCCGCAGUGUGUUGGACCUGCAGCUGUCCAAGUCUCUGUCCAAGUCUGAUUCCAACCUGGUAGCCGUGUCUCCCAUACAGGAGGAGCACGGCUGGGGGUCUGGAUCUCGUGGCCAGGGGCCUGGAAGUCCGAGCCCAGGAGAGGGUGCCAGUCCAGGGGGGAGACUGGAGAGAACACCCUCUUUCACUGCUGAGUGGGAAGAGAUCGACAAGAUUAUGAGCUCCAUUGGGGCAGGAAUAGGCAGUGGAUUGGACAUCAAGGAGGAUACCUCAGGUCCCCGCUGCCCGCUGCAGUCCGUGGGCCAGUGGCUCGACUCCAUCGGCCUGGUCCAGUAUGAGAACCACCUGCUGGCCAAUGGAUUUGACAACGUCCAGUUCAUGGGCAGCAAUGUGGUGGAAGACCAGGACCUGUUGGAGAUAGGGAUCCUCAACUCGGCCCACAGACAACGCCUCCUGCAGGCCAUACGGCUGCUGCCCAGGGUGCGACCUAUCGGUUACGAUGGCAACAACCCCACGUCGGUGGCAGAGUGGCUGGAGUCGUUGGAGCUCGGCGACUACACCAAGUCCUUCCUCAUCAACGGUUACACCUCCAUGGAGCUGGUCAAAAAGAUCUGGGAGAUCGAGCUCAUCAAUGUACUGAAGAUAAGUCUCAUCGGACACAGAAAACGGAUCUUAGCCUCGUUGGGGGAUCGGCUACACGACGACACCCCACAAAAACCACCGCGGGCCAUCUCCCUAAGGGAGCCGGGCGGGAACCACACUCCACCCCAGCUCAGCCCGUCGGUGGGCCAGGCAGCGUACACGGCGGGGGUCCCGGGCGGAUCUCUGGACGUGCAGCACCUCAUCAUGCAGGCAGACGCCCGGCGCAGGCAGCGCAGCAAUGACAACUACUUCGAGGACGUGCCGCGAUCCAAGCUGGAGCGACAGAUGGCUCAAGUCAGCAUGGCAGGCGAGUGGUGCGAGCCAAUCACGUUGCGCCCGCCCAACGAGGCCACCUCGUCCACUCCGGUGCAGUACUGGCAGCAUCACCCCGAGAAGCUCAUCUUUCAGUCCUGCGACUACGAAGCCUACUACUUGGGCUCCAUGCUGGUGAAGGAGCUGAGAGGGACGGAGUCCACACAAGACGCUUGUGCCAAAAUGAGGAAGUCUACGGAACAAAUGAAGAAGGUGCCGACCAUCGUGCUCUCUGUUUCCUACAAAGGAGUGAAGUUCAUCGACGCCACGAAUAAGAACAUCAUAGCAGAACAUGAGAUCCGUAACAUCUCGUGCGCGGCUCAGGAUCCAGAGGAUCUGUCUACGUUUGCCUACAUCACCAAAGACCUCAAGUCCAGUCACCACUACUGCCACGUCUUCACUGCUUUUGAUGUGAACUUGGCGUACGAGAUCAUCCUGACACUCGGCCAGGCCUUCGAGGUGGCCUACCAGCUGGCCCUGCAGGCCAGGAAGAGCGGCCACGGAUCGUCCACACUGCCUGAGAGCUUUGACAGCAAGCCCAGCAAACCUGUCCCCAAACCUCGUGUCAACAUCCGCAAAUCUGUCAUCAUGUCCCCCUCCAGCCGCUGGUCACUGGGCCACAUUUACACCCCUCACCGGCCUCCUCUCCACCCUCCUCUUCCUCCCCCUCGACUCUUCCAUCUUCCUCACAAAGCUCAGUCUCAGGUCCUCCACGCUUUUCCUUCUCUUAUCCUUUAUUUCCACAUGAUUUUCUUUUAGUCGAGGACAGAGCGCCCGUCUGUAAGUGCUUCCAUUUUAUUCUGUCGCUUCUACUCAACUGACUCCUUGCAUCCUUGUGUGUUUGCAGUGAGUGUUUGUGCGGCUCAUUAUUCGGUUACUACCUCUGUCUCCAUAUCAACGGUUAGUAGCAGAUGUGCCACUCGAGCCCGUCUUGCAAAGCAAACCUAUUUCAUUUCUUUACAGCUAAUAUAGAGCCUGAAUGCAGACCUUGACUUUAGUGCCUCAGUCAGUUUUUAUGUGCCUCGCUGCACUGAUUCAGCCUCCGGAUGGGGAUACACUGCCUCCUUAAAGAUGCACGUUUGAGAUGGUAAAUGUAUAAAUAGAAAGUGUUUGAAGCCAUAACCACUACUUUAAAAAUUAGCUUAAUGUUUAUAGAAACACUUCAGUCCAUUAACCUUCACUGAAUGCUUGGAAUGAGCUCGUACACUCCAUCCCCCCUCCAUCCACAUCUCCAUCUUGUGUACGAGGCAGUUGAAUUUUUAAAGGGUCAUCAAAAGAAGACUGCACAGUGUGCCAAGAACCGAUUCAAAGCGCAACAGACCCCUAUUGCAUGUAUUUCAUCGGCUUGUCUAACUGAGGUUGCUGUCCUUUGAAGGUCUGCAGAGCCGAACCACGCACACUGGAUGUCCCUGCAGCAUUAACUAAUGUUCUAAUGUUCCCACCGCUCUGCAGUGUGUUGAUAUAAAACUAAUUUUGCAGGCAGGAGUGGUCGGCUCCGCGGCUUUGUGUAUGGUCGAUGAAUUUGAUCCUGAUGAUGCUCCGAACAAGUUCGUCACUAAGCGUGGUGGUGGUGGUUGGUGUUGCGGUGCCGUGAGACUGAAACUGUUUGUCCUUAAUCCUUUAACCCCAUAACAAGAUUAUAAGGUCUUGCUGUGGCUGUGUGAGAGCCAGAGGAUAGAGAACCGGAUUAUUAUUAAGAGUUAGUUUCCGCAUUGUUGCUGUGGCAGUGUGUUGGGAGAAGAUAAGAGGAACCUGGUUCUGUUAGUGCACUGCAGAACUCUGAGAUUAACCCCGUUUACUGCAGAAGUUGAUGCCUUUCUAAUGAAAUAUCAACGCGAUAUUUCGAUUUACCAAAUAUUUCUGUUUAUAAUGAGCAUCAGACAGAGUGCAGGGACAGAUUUAGUCUUCUACUGUCAAAACUGCAGCACUCACAGUCAAGCCUCCCUCCCUUUUCCCCCCCAAAUUAUCUGAAAAUAAACCAAUAAACACCCUCGGCAACAAAUCCCAGCCGCUUGAUUGGUUGCAGUGGGGUUAUUUCUGAAAGCAAUUUAGAUUUGUUUGGUUUGUUUCGCAGCUCUGAAGCCUUAAUAGCUUCACAGUGGCGACGGCAGACAAGAGUCCACAGCUCUCUCUGACAAUUGCAACUGUUGGGAGGCGCGCUGCUGCAAACACAGCACAGUGUUUACACUGUGAAGGAGCGGCAGGAUGUUACAUUUAGACAUUUCUAAUUAUGGAAAAUGUUUGUUUUUAGCUUCUGCCCAUGAUCUCUGUUCUGCUUUCUCGUCUGUAACUCAUCUACUUCCUAUAUUUCCGUUAUUUUCCAUUGCAUUACUUCGUAAGCAGCACAUCCUUCAUCUCAUUGAUUCUACCGUCUAGUUCUCAGUCACAACUUGUGCAAAAAUGUCGAUUUUUGUCAACAGCGACAGCCGUUUGCAUACAAAAGUGAGUCAUGAUGAACUGUUUGCGUUGACACUACGCAGGUCAUUGACACUAAUUUGGCUCUUCGUCCUUCUCCUU